AAACUUUCAAUCAUUUUUGCCAGUUGUUCACCCACCCACCCAACCCCGUUCACCGGCGAUCAAUAUAUAUGUACAUAUAAUUCAAAAAUUCUAAAUUUUCUUCUCCGAUCACAAAACAAACACACAUAAUUUUACUUUGCCUUUAAAAAAAUUAAGUAAUUAAUUUGAGAAAUAGAGAGAGAGAGAGAAUAUUAGAAGUUACCGCGCAGUAAGUAAUUUGAGAGGAGAUGACGUCGCCGAAUUGGGAGCUUAAAAAUUGUUGCGAUCGUGACCAGAAAUUGUUUCUCGCAACUGUUGGCAUCUUUACUCUCGUCAUUCUCGCUUUAUGGAGGACAUUUCUGCUUACACCUUUUAAACUCAUCACCGUCUUUCUUCAUGAAGCAAGUCAUGCCAUCGCUUGCAAGCUUACUUGCGGGGAGGUAAUGGGCAUGGAGGUUCAUGCCAAUGAGGGAGGAGUGACACAGACUCGUGGUGGCAUAUAUUGGUUGAUCCUACCUGCUGGAUAUCUUGGUUCAUCAUUUUGGGGCAUGCUUUUGAUCCUGGCAUCAACAGACCUACUAACUGCAAGAAUUGCUGCCGGUUGUUUAGCAGUAGCCCUGCUUGUAGUUCUCUUCAUUGCCAAAAAUUGGACUCUUCGAGGACUUUGCAUAGGAUUCAUCAUAUUCCUUGCCGUGGUUUGGAUCUUGCAAGAAAAAACUACAGUUCGUAUCCUUCGUUAUGUCAUUUUAUUCAUUGGUGUCAUGAACAGUUUGUUUUCAGUUUAUGAUAUUUAUGAUGAUUUGAUUUCAAGGAGAGUUAACUCUAGUGAUGCUGAGAAGUUUGCAGAAAUCUGUCCCUGCCCAUGUAAUGGUGUUGCAUGGGGAGUCAUAUGGGGAAUGAUAUCUUUCACUUUUCUCAGCGCUUCCGUAUAUCUAGGACUAGUGAUCCUAUCAUGAGGUUCAGGUACUUGCAUUUCAUUCAUUCGGCUGCGUUAUUGUGGUCUGUUGCUGCACUAACUUUGAUCUCAUUCUUUCGGAUCCUGAUUGGGUUUCAUACAUAUGAUUUGGCUUUGUAAUCAUACAGUAGUAUAGCUAAAUAUUUUAAAUAUUAAUUCUUGUGGAUAAGCAUUUUUUUUCUGUUUAUAAGUUUGAUAUGCAAGUCCAAUUUGGCAA